AUGACAUCCAAGCUGCUAAUCGUCGCUUUGGUCUUGUAUGGCGUUGCCUGCGUGGCCCAUUCUGCUCCGAACCAUCGCGAAGAAGAUGGAGGUUCGAAUGAAAUCGCCGAUAACAUAAACCCGCAAGGAAAAGAGUCCGAUGAAGAAGAACUCGGAAGUGUUCGAGUGGCUCGACAGGGAGGAUUCGGUGGAGGCCAGCAAGGUGGUCAAGGAGGACAAGGCGGGGGAGGCGGUGGACAAGGAGGCCGUGGCGGUCAGAACGGUGGCGGCCAAGGCGGACGCGGAGGGCAGAGCGGCGGAGGCCAAGGCGGACGCGGAGGACAGAGCGGUGGCGGCCAAGGUGGUCAAGGCGGACGCGGAGGACAGAGCGGUGGAGGCCAAGGUGGUCAAGGAGGCCGUGGAGGACAGAGCGGCGGAGGCCAAGGUGGUCAAGGAGGCCGUGGAGGACAGAGCGGCGGAGGUCAAGGCGGACGCGGAGGACAGAACGGCGGCGGCCAAGGUGGUCAAGGAGGCCGUGGCGGUCAGAAUGGCGGAGGCCAAGGAGGACGCGGAGGACAGAACGGUGGAGGCCAAGGCGGACGCGGAGGACAGAGCGGUGGCGGACAAGGUGGUCAAGGCGGACGCGGAGGACAGAGCGGUGGCGGACAAGGUGGUCAAGGCGGACGCGGAGGACAGAACGGCGGAGGACAGGGAGGACGUGGAGGACAAAGUUUCUAA